CUCUAACAGCAAAUAUAAAAAGCGUAACAGCAAUACAAAUUCAUCAUUUAUCUGUUGUUUUUCCCCCCAUCUUUCUCUGACAAAGAUUAGAUUCUCCAUCUUUGUUCUGUUCUAAAGAUGGAGGCAUCUAAUCAAAAAUCUACAUUUGAAUCUGCUAGGGAAUGGAUUUCCGACCACAAACUUCGCACAGUCGGAACUUUGUGGCUCAGCGGGGUAGCGGGAUCGGUGGCUUACAAUUGGUCAAAACCCAACAUGAAAACCAGUGUCAGGCUCAUCCACGCUAGGUUGCACGCACAAGCACUCACACUCGCCGCGUUGGCUGGUGCUGCAGCAGUUGAGUAUUAUGAUCAUAAAACCAGCAACAAUGCCGAACGAUAUCCCAGAUUCAUCAACAUGAAUUCGUAUGCACAAAAGAAAUAAACCAAGGAAAUUGGCUUCAUCAUACAGUAGGCUAUCAAUGAAAAAAGCAAUAUAUUGUGCACACUAUUCGACUUUUGUAAAUUUUUCUGGGUUUACCUUUAUGUCAAAAUUCUUUAUGGUAACACAAGCCCUAUGCUAGCUUGCUAACAUGAUUUUUGUAAUCUAAGUGUUGAAUAAGAAAAUACUAAAACAUAGAGCAUUUUUUCUAUCCAAGUGUUUUUGUUUCUUUCCCU